AUGCAUGCAAACCAGAGUUCUCCACACAGCAAGAAGAAUGCCGACGGCGAGGAGGACAUCACCGUCGAACUGUAUCCAUUCAUCCGCGAAUACAAGGGCGGCCGUGUCGAGCGCUUCCUGAGCAGCUCAUUCGUGGAAGCGUCCCCGGACGCUCCUGCCAACCGUAGCGUGGCGACGAGGGACGUGGUCGUCGACGAGAGCACCGGCGUGUCCGCACGACUGUUUCUUCCUGCCGCUGCGGCCGCAACCGGUGAGAGGCUCCCCGUCAUCAUGUACCUCCACGGCGGAUCCUUCUGCACGGAGAGCGCGUUCUGCCGCACGUACCACAACUAUGCCAGGUCCCUGGCGUCCCGUGCGGGGGCUCUCGUCGUGUCUGUGGAGUACCGUCUAGCACCGGAGCAUCCCGUGCUCUGGCCUUUCGUUACGUCAGGCCGUCUCAGCAACGACGAUCACCGCGUCAACCCUCUCGACGAGGAGAUCGCCUCGCUGACAUGCCGGCGUGUGCUGGUCGCCGUCGCCGAGAAGGACAGUUUGCGUGACUGCGGGCGCCGGCUGGCGGCUCGCCUGCGCGGCUGCUGCGCGUGGGCCGAUGAUGAGAAAGCGGUGACAUUGCUGGAAUCAGAGGGCGAAGACCAUGGCUUCCACCUGUACAACCCACUCCGUGCGACGAGCAAGGUUCUCAUGGAGACCAUAGUGCAGUUCAUCAACCAGCGCACGGUGUUGCCAUUGCCGGCCGCUCUGCUGCCGGAGCUGCACGAGCUGCAUGCAUGCGGUGCUAAGAAGAUGAACACGUGCUUGCCUAUUCUAGGCGUGCCAGCAAGGCCGUAUAUGGACGUGUUUGGUUAUUGGAUGGCCAUGAAAACUUCGAGCGUCCCAAAUGAUAUGACACGUGCUUGUUGCUUGCACGUUGGACAGGGGAGAAGAGCAUCCAAGACUAGAUAUGGCUUAUCUUUGGUCCAUGCCAUCAGGAAUAACAACAAGACCAAGAUGAGGUUCUCCUCAUUAUCUGCAACAGCAGCACUGGGGACAUGUGUUUCUCCCAACUUCAUCUAG